UGUGUGUGUGUGUGUGUGUGUGUGUUAGAGGAGCCUCUGAAUGGGAGGAAUCUUCACAACGCCGUCCUCAAGAGUGAUGAGCUGGAGCUCUGUCGAGUGUUGCAGUCGAUAAAAGUUUCAGUGGAUGUUCCUGACAAGCUGGACUUUACUCCUUUAAUGAUGGCAGCCAUGAAGGGCUUUACUAGAGGAGUUCAGCUUUUGGUGAAUCAUGGUGCAGAUGUGAACAGAAAAAACAGCAGUGGUAAAGACAGCCUGAUGCUGGCGUGUUUCCACGGGCACCUGGACGUGGUGAAGUUCCUGCGCAGCUGCGGGGCGUCCUGGAGCUCUCAGGACCGAUCGGGCUGCUGCGCCCUGCACUGGGCCGCAGCUGGAGGACACCUGCCCCUCCUGCAGUACCUCAUACAGGACGGAUGUGAGGUCGAUGUGCGGGACGGCGCCUCCUGGACGCCCCUCAUGAUCGUCUCGGUCAUAACCGGAGACACGGCUGCAGCUUCACUGUUAAUCACAGCUGGAGCUGAUGUUAAUUUACAGGACAGAAACGGGAAAACACCGCUGAUGGUGGCUGUGCUGAAUAAUUAUGAGCGUCUAGUUAAAGUCCUGCUGGAGAAUGGAGCCGACCCAAACAUUCAGAACCAGGUCAGAACCUCCUAUAAGCAAAACAAGACAGCAGUGAAAUCUCACUUGUGCGUUUUUAUUUCUCCUGAUGAAUUUCAGGUGACAAAGUUAACACUUAAAUGACCUCUGAGUUAUGUAACUGGACUCUUUCUCUGUGUUUCAGGCUGGAGUUAGCGCUGUGCAGA